AUGUGUCUAGACAGUCCCGAUACCCGGAACACACUGACCCCGGGCUUGGUCGGUCUGUUAGUACUUGGAGCAGGGCAUGCUUUACUUCGUGCCCCGGUGGACGCACACGAUGACGUGUGUCCACGUGCCACGGAAAUGCAACUGAGCCUGUUGGCUCGAUUGGCUCACCGGCAAGACUAUUGGCCACACUAUCUACAUAUUUUACAUUUUAUAAACGCAAACCAAAGCGUUCAGAACACGUUCAAUGCGUCCCUAUGCUCCCCGACUGUGGAUUGGCCAGCAGUGGAUAUAGCGGCGUCCGUGGCUCUUGUUCAGAUCGCUCUGGAACGUUGGAUCGUCCGGGCAGAUUCCUUGACCGAAGCUAUCGAUCGUCGUUGUUAUGCUCUGGCUUGCUUGCAGUCUUUGGCCUAUUGUGCGCAACCGUAUCCCGUCGAACAAAUCCACAACAGCCCGUCCGAAGAACAGUUGGAACAGUGGGCUUUACGGGAUCCCAUACACUCGCACUGGUUGGAACCGGUGAUCACUUCACCAGACCACGCCCCGGUCUACACGGAACAUCCGGCCGCACUGGCAACUGAUGAAGGUCUACGUAAAACCAUGCUGUCUGCAUUCUCCACAUGGCAAAGCAAAUUGGGCGGGGAACAGUUUGCCAAUGCCCUACUACGCAGUCAUGUGGAUCCGGCUCUAAUCGGUCAACUACAAGCCCAACUCAAUCGGAGUUGA